AGGAAUUUCCUUCAGAAAUUAGCAGACAAUCCGAUUUUAAAGCUGUGCUUAUUCCAUCACCCGAUUUUUGACCAUAAUGUUGCAGCACUGCCCGGGUUCAAAGUCUUAAAACAUAGAAGCGUUUAUUUACCUGCGAUUCAUUUCUGACCCCAAAGUAACCUUCGCACAGUUGGCCACGAAAGAGCCCCGUGACAAUGCUGUAGAUUUUCUUACCAUCAAAUACAGGCCAAAUCAAAUUUGAUUUAGCUUUAAUGUAUAUCUGCAUAUUUGUUAUCUUUCUCCUUGUGCGUAACAGAAAUAUGCAAAAUCUGAACUUCAAUAUAUUUGAAGUUUAUAAGUGGCUAGCCCAAAAAUUACAUCUUUAAUUGUGUAUCUCAUAUUUAUAGCCUUUACAAACUGAGACACCAAUUGAACACUAUAGCCUUUGGAAUGGUUCGCAGAGAACCCAAAAUAGACAUGCUUCACUCGAAAGGCCAUAUUUGAGUUGAGUGGUUUAUUCAGACAUAGCUAUGCUAACGGCACUUUAGUUACUUAACCUGACAGUUAUGAUGAUAAGUGAAAUAUUAUUACCAUAUCUCAACUUCAUUUGAUACCAUUUUCAUAGCUUCCUCAGCCAAAUUACCCAAAACUGUUUUAAUGGCUACUGUCUGUGAUUUGAAAUGAUAAAACCAGGCUAUAUUUUAUCAGACUUCAAGUACCAACUAUAGUUUGUACUUCAAAUUCAUGCUGGUCAAAUAUAUAGUUCAAAUUGCUCUUCGAAAUAUACAAACCUGCUAACCUAAAGAAUAUAAGGUAUUGUAGAAAUUGUAGCUUCUGGGUUAACCUUUAUUGCAAUAUCAUUGUGUUUAUUUUGAAAUUACGAUUUCUCAGUUUAUCCAGAGAAUGCUUGAAAAAAGUUUCUACGGCAUGAAAAAAACUUAUAGUAGAUUCUUUACAGAUCGCACUGCCACAAAAUAAUCGAGACUGCGUGUUAGUAGCCAAAGUCAAUUUUUUAAUCAAUAAAUCUAAAAACAAUUGGAAAAACCUCAAAAACCGGGAGCCGAUUGGGAACCGAACUCAGGAUCCCUGAAUUCAGCAGCGCGAAACUUUAGCAAGUCACUUCAUUUUAGUCAUGAGUUGCAAUAGACCCUCUGUGCGUCGCUACGUGUCCAUAUCCCCACAGUUAUUUUCCCCCUAUCCGAACGGAACCCGAGUUCAAUUCGACUGUAUUUCCCCCUCCAAGGCGGGCAGUCGCGUCCCCUUGAAGAAGUUCGGAUCGUCAUGGGCAACGUGCAAUGGAGCAAGUGGAUCGUGGACUUUCGAAGAUACAAAUCACGCGCCUCACUGCGAAAGCGACGUGGGUGAUUUCGAGAGUAAGCUGCAGAUAGUGGUGACUGUGUUUGCAUGUAGUCUGAUGGCCUGUCUAGUCUUCCUCAUGUUCACAUUCGGAUUCAAGGCAUACAACUACAGAAGGGAGUACAAGAAGGGAGUACUUCUUAAAGCUUUGUCGAUACUAGUACCCCCGACACAGAGAAAACUAUUGCCCAUGAUAACAAACCAUUUAAAGUAA